CCUCUGACUAUAAAGAAGCCAACAAGCAGUAGCGUAGAGCAGCAUCCACGGAGACAGAGGAGGUUGGGAGGAGGGGCAUCCCUUCUCUCUUGAAGCCAUCUUCUUCUUCCAGCGAUGGUGUUGCUGGGCGGGAGGAGCACAUUGCCUCCGAUGUCACGCAGCUCAUAGGAUGGACGCCGCUGAUCGAGCUGAAGCGAAUCGCCAGCAAGGAUGGAGUAGACGCGCGGAUCGUCGGCAAGAUGGAGGCGUACCAGCCGCUCUGCUCCGUCAAGGAUCGAUGCGCUUUGAGAAUGAUAGAAGAUGCAGAGGAGAGAGGACUGAUUUCACCUGGUGUCACCACACUAAUCGAGCCAACAAGUGGUAACAUGGGGUUAGGAUUGGUUCUCAUUGCUAUUCACAAAGGUUACAGGUUUAUAGCUGUUGUGCCAGCUAAAUAUUCACUUGACAAGCAGAUCUUGUUGAGAUACAUGGGUGCUGAGCUGUAUUUAACUGAUCCCGCCCUCGGCUUUCAAGGCAUGUGGGACAAGGUUGAACAGCUCCAAAAAGAAUUGCCCAAUGUACAUGUUCUUGAUCAAACUACCAAUAAAGCAAAUUCUGAAGCACACUUCAGAUUAACUGGACCUGAGAUUUGGAAGGACACAGCCGGCAAGGUGGACAUUUUUGUGGCUGCUUCAGGCUCGGGAGGUACUGUAUCCGGUGUGGGGAAGUAUCUGAAAAUGCAAAACCCAGGCGUCCAAAUCGUUUGCGUUGAGCCUGUAGAGAGCCCAGUCAUUUCAGGUGGCGCCCCUGGCAAGCACAAAAUCCAGGGAAUAGGACCAGGAUUUCUACCUGAAGUCCUGGACAUGUCGGCCAUCGACGAGACUGUCACGGUGACCACUGAGGAGGCAAUGGCGAAUGCGAGGAGGCUGGCGAAGGAGGAGGGCCUGCUUGUGGGCAUUUCUUCAGGAGCAAACCUGGCAGCUUGCUUGAAGAUUGCAUCGAGAGAAGAGAACAAGGGGAAGAUGAUCGUCACCAUGUUCCCAAGCGGUGGCGAGAGAUACAUGAACUCCGACCUGUUUGCAGAUACCCCUUCACCGCUCUGUGAUUUUGAGCAGUGGAUCGACACUGAGAUCAAGCUUGAAGACAAGGAGGAGAUGCAGGAAAUGUUGCGUUGGAAGGCAGAGAAGAAGGAGACAAUGGAGAAGAGACGUAGAGAGGAGGCUGCAGAAAAGGAGCACAAGGAAGAGGAGGAAAGGAGGCGUGUAGCUGCGAACAGGGAGGAGAGGGAGAAGAAGCUUGAGCGUGCACGCCGAGCGAAAGUAGCGAUUGAGGAGAAUCCCGAUGCCCUGAGGAAGGGAAAGUGGCAUCGUUGCACAUAGUAGUCUCCAUUACUGUUGGACUUUUCA